UUAUAAUGGCUGCCGAUAUCAAAUGCCAUUCAGUGGUACAUUAUUAAAAAAAAGUCUUGAAAAAGAGAAUUUAGAAAUAAAGAAUUUUUUUCUUUUCAUUCGAAAUUAAUUGUAUAGUUAAUUAGAGUAAACAUGGGGAAAGGAUUUAAUAAUUAUAUGUGUAAAAAAUUUUUCCAUCCAGCUUCGAGAGAUAAUUUAAAACGAGUAUGGAUGGCAGAACAGCAAGCUGAAGCUUAUAAGAAAAAGCAAGAAGAAUUACGUGUUCAAUAUGAGAAAGAACAAGAUCUUCAUAAUAAUAAAGCACUGUUAAGUAAAGAGAGUAAAGAUAAAUUAAGUGUUAAUUUUAUGUAUGAGCCUCCUCCUGGAGCAAAGAAAGAAAGAGAAAAAGAAGAUAACGAACCAGAGUAUAAAUUUGAAUGGCAACGCAAGUAUAAUGCACCAAGAGAAAGUUAUUGUAAAGGAGAUAGUGAAAUUCGUGACCAACCUUUCGGUAUUCAAGUUCGAAAUGUUAGAUGUAUUAAAUGUCACAAGUGGGGCCACAUAAAUACAGACAAAGAGUGUCCUUUAUAUAGUCAAGCAAUGAGCGUAGUAAUGGCAAAUAAUUCAAAUGUACCACAGACACCUGAUGCUUUGACUUUGGUGCAACAAAUGCGAGAAGAUGGAUUAGCGCUUAAAAAAUCAGCAUUGGAAGCACAACAACAUUUACGGGUACCUGGCCAUGAACAUUUGAUGAUUUCUGACGAUGAAGAAAAUUCUGAGAUUACAUUCCUAAAAACUCUUUCAAAGGAAGAAAAAAAGAAAUUAUUAAGAAAACUUCGAAAGCUUGAGAAGAAAAAUAUGAAAAUAAAGCAAAAAAAAUUGAAGAAGAGGAAAGUUCGAAAUAGUAAAAAAUGUCGCAGUAGUAGUAGUAGCAGUAACAGUGAAAGUUCAAGUGAUAGCAAUUGUAAAAAUAGCAACAAAAAUGUCAGUGCAAGUAGCAGCAGCAGCAGCAGUAGUAGUAGUAGCAGCAGUAGCAGCAGCAGCAGCAGCAGCAGUAGCAGUAGUAGUAGUAGCAGUAGUAGUAGUGACGAAUCCAGCACAGAAAGUAAUAGAAAGAAAUUAAAACGUAAAAGGAAAUCACAAGGAAAAGUAGAGACAAAUUCCCAUGGAAGACAUAAUUCUAAUCGACAUAAGGAUAAAGAACGAAAAACAAAGCAUAAGUUGGAUGAUAAAUAUAAAUCAAAUAAUAAAAUGAAGGAUGAAAAAAGGAACAAGGAAAAGAUGACCAUUGAACAUGACAGUCGUAAAAGGAAAAAUAAUGAAUCACACAGCGAUAACAAACGUAAGAAACACGGCGAAAGAAAGUAAAAACCAUUUUUAUUUGGAAGAAUUAAAAGAAACAAAACAAAA